CCAGCCGGAGGUGCCGUCCGCAGGCCCUGGAGCCCGGCCCGGCCCUUGGGAAAGUCGGCGCCGCAGCCCGAGAGCUGCCAGGCUCCCCCCUGGCCGGCGCGGAGCGCGCGGAGGACAUUCCUGGUGAUUUGAGGAGAGUCUGUAUCAUGGAAUCAAUCUCUAUGAUGGGAAGCCCUAAAAGUCUGAGUGAAACUUUUCUGCCUAAUGGCAUAAAUGGUAUCAAAGAUGCGAGGAAAGUGACUGUGGGUGUGAUUGGAAGUGGAGAUUUUGCCAAGUCUCUGACCAUUCGUCUUAUUAGAUGUGGCUAUCAUGUGGUCAUAGGAAGUAGAAAUCCCAAGUUUGCCUCUGAAUUUUUUCCUCAUGUGGUAGAUGUCACCCAUCAUGAAGAUGCUCUGACGAAAACAAAUAUAAUAUUUGUUGCUAUACACAGAGAACAUUACACCUCCCUGUGGGACCUGAGACACCUGCUUGUGGGUAAAAUCCUGAUUGAUGUGAGCAAUAACAUGAGGAUAAAUCAAUACCCCGAAUCCAAUGCUGAAUACCUGGCUUCACUAUUCCCAGAUUCCUUGAUUGUCAAAGGAUUUAAUGUAGUCUCAGCGUGGGCACUUCAGUUAGGACCUAAGGAUGCCAGCCGCCAGGUAUAUAUAUGCAGCAACAACAUCCAAGCUCGUCAACAAGUUAUUGAGCUUGCUCGCCAGCUGAAUUUCAUUCCUGUUGAUUUGGGAUCACUGUCAGCAGCCAGGGAGAUUGAAAAUUUGCCCCUACGACUGUUUACUCUCUGGAGAGGGCCAGUGGUGGUAGCCAUAAGCUUGGCCACGUUUUUCUUUCUUUAUUCCUUUGUCAGAGAUGUGAUACAUCCAUAUGCAAGAAACCAGCAGAGUGACUUCUACAAGAUUCCUAUUGAGAUUGUGAAUAAAACUUUGCCUAUCGUUGCUAUCACUUUGCUGUCCCUGGUGUACCUAGCAGGUCUCCUGGCAGCUGCCUAUCAGCUGUAUUAUGGCACCAAGUAUCGAAGAUUCCCGCCUUGGUUGGAGACCUGGUUACAGUGCAGGAAACAGCUGGGGUUACUGAGCUUUUUCUUCGCUGUUGUCCAUGUUGCCUACAGCCUCUGCUUACCCAUGAGAAGGUCAGAAAGAUACUUGUUUCUCAACAUGGCUUAUCAGCAGGUUCAUGCAAAUAUUGAAAACUCUUGGAAUGAGGAAGAGGUCUGGAGAAUUGAAAUGUAUAUCUCCUUUGGCAUAAUGAGCCUUGGCUUACUUUCCCUUCUGGCAGUCACUUCCAUCCCUUCAGUGAGCAAUGCUUUAAAUUGGAGGGAAUUCAGUUUUAUUCAGUCUACACUUGGCUAUGUGGCCUUACUCAUAAGUACAUUCCAUGUUUUGAUUUAUGGGUGGAAGCGAGCUUUUGAAGAGGAGUACUACAGGUUUUAUACACCACCAAACUUUGUUCUUGCUCUUGUUUUGCCCUCCAUUGUAAUUGUGGGUAAGAUCAUUUUACUCCUUCCGUGCAUCAACCGAAAGCUUAAAAGAAUUAAAAAGGGCUGGGAAAAGAGCCAAUUUCUAGAAGAAGGAAUUGAGGAAACACUUCCUCAACUUUCCCCAGAGAAGGUCACAGUAAUGUGAUGAUAAAUGGUGCUCACUGAUGCCAUCAUAUGAAGUUUUAUUCAUGCCAUUGUUAAAAUGCUGUGCUCUGUGUUCAGUUGUAAGUGUGUUGUCUAUUUGAAACAUGUCAAAUGAGAUAUCAAUGGAUAUAGUGAUCGUAUUUUCAAGUUAAUUUCCAUAAAUGUCAUAACUGGUCAACAUAAAAUUUGUAGCCAAUGUAUUGUUGAAAUUUAGGUAUUUAUUUUUUGCUUUGCUAAUUGUAAUAGUAUUGUGAUUUUAACUAUAUUUCAUAAUCAGGCAAACAUUUAUAGUAAAUAAUAUAGAUGUAAGGCCAAGCAUGGUGGUGGGUACCUGUAAUCCCAGCUACUUAGAUGGCAGGGAAAAGAGGAUCUGGAGAUAGAGAUCAACCCAGUUAGGGAGACUAUCUCCAAAACAACAUGUAAACUAAAGGGCUGGGACAUGGCUCAAAUGGUAGAGUCCUUAGAUGUAACAUAAUCUUAAAAAUACUUUACAAGCCAGAAUUAGGAUCUUUUAAUAUAGCUCAGUGGAUAUACCCAUAUCCUGUAACUUAAGAUUUUAAUUUUUACCCAGCUUAAGAAGUAGAAAUAUACCAUCAGACCUCAUUAAGAAAGGACACAUAACAUUAGCAUCUUGGUAAGUAUUCAUGAGAAGAUUAUUAUACUUCUCAGAAGACAGGAUUUAAAGAAAGCCAUUAAUUGUGCAAAGCCAUGUGAUUGUGUAACCAAACACAUUCUUUUAAAAACAUGAAAUUAUAUUUAAAAUUCAUUGGCGACAUAAAAUACAUAGUGAUAAUGUACUGCUCAUGACAGAUUUUGUUCUUCAUAUGUUUCAGAGCAGUUUUACUGUACAAUUCAUAUGUCGACAGGGAAAGGAUUCGGUAACAUUUCACUUUCAAAGCAGAUAUCUAAUAUAGUAGAAUACCAAUCCUGGGAUUUGUACAGCUUUUCUUAGUUGUCAAGUUUACAUAUGAGUAAUUAUUCAGCAGCUGAUCAUUAAAUUGAUCUUUAGCCAGUAACCACCAUACAUGGUGUGGAAUUUACUGAUGUUCCCCGGGCGUGUGGGGGUGGGGAGAUCAUGGUUGUUAAUACUUUACUUAUAUUAUCUAUUCUAUAUUAUCUAUUCAAGAUCUAUUCUACUUAUUACUUGCAAUAACCCCAUGAAAUAGGUAAUUGUCCAUGUUUUAUGCAUAAGGAAAUGGAGGGUAGAAAGUAAUUCAUUCAGGGUCACACCAUGAGUAAGUGCAGGGUAAGUCCAGGCAGUAAUCAUCUUGAAGCUGGGGUUUUAACUACUAGACUAUUUAACCCUGUUUUAUUUCCAUACAUUACAUUCAUAAGGUCAGUCUAGAUACUUUCUCUUUUAUACGAAGGAAUCAUUUGGGGUGGGUUAUGUGCAUCCAAUGAUGUAGGGAAAUACCCAAUCCAUAAAUUUAUUGCUUCUGGUAGGGAAGUCCUGACUUAGCUACACAGGUCUGACCUAGCGAUCUACCAGAGUCCAUAGGCCUCUCUAUGCAAGGGAGGCCUCAAUCAGAGAGGACCAUGGUGGUGUUAAUGAGUUGCUGAGGACUUGAAGACACUUUAUAGAUCUCUGUAAAAGCAGUCAUCUCCUCUUCUCUUCCUGAGAAACCCCUCUGCCACUAUAACCAUUCAUUAGAGAGCAAUUUAUACUAAUCAUGAAGGAUAUUAAAAUAAGUGGUCAAUUAUAAAUCUGAUGGAAACAUAUAAUCAUAGAAAUUAUUCAUAAAAUUUCUCAGUGCUGAAAUUCUACACGUAAAUUGCAUUCCAUUCAAGUCUCAGGAUGCCCUACAUUUUCUCCUUUUUUAUUAAAAUAGAAGGUUACAGACAAGAUACAAUCAUAUGCAUUUCUGUUCCUAAAACUAUAUCAUUUCUUGAGUUACCCAUUAACUUGAAUCCAGCUGCCCAGUGAAUGGACUUAAUUUAGUACCAUCUACCUUUCCCAUUCAAUGGCUCUGGGAAAUCACUCGUGAUUCCCUGAACUUUUCUUGUUUGGUGAAGUUUAAUAUCUUGUACUUACUGAGCUACCCAUUUUCUUUAUAUUGAUUACAUUUCUUCCCUUUUCAUUAAGACUGCGUUAUUAGUAAGUAUUCAGUAGGGUGAUAAUGAUAAAUAUACUGAUGCUAGGAAUUAGUGAAAAUAACAACAUAUCAGUACUUUCUUGUUCCUUUUAUUCUUAAGAUCACACUUUAACCAUUUAAUACUGAAAUACAAUGAAGUAGUUCUAAAUUUUAAAUGACUAGUUAGGUGUUGUAUAUAGAUAUUAAGUAGCCAAUAAUAUAUAAAACUGUCACUAUUAUAGAUAAAUUGGGCAUUUGAAAAUCUGAUAAAGCAGUGCACAAAAGAUGCAAGUGUUAUUUUAAAUGGCUUUGCAUUGCUAGAAAAAAGUGGAAUAAUUUUGAAGUUUCAGAAUAAAAUGCAUUCAUUGUAAUUCUAAAUGUUUAAAUGAUUUCCUAAAAUUUUAAAUCUAUUGACUUUUGAUGGUCUUACUGUUUCUGUGAUUAUUUUUCUUUUCAUUGUUUUUCAUAAUCACUUUUGGAUCUUUUUUUUUCUGGCCUCAGAAGAAUUAAAGUUUGCUGUUACAACAUGUGAGAAUUGUUUCUCAAGAAGUGCCCCUGCAAAAAUUAUGAGAAUGUAGGAAAUAUACCCAGGUUUGAGCCUAUGCAAAGAAUAUCAAAUAAUUUUUUCCUAUGAGGAAAAUAACCAUGAGCUGUAUUAUGCUUACAUAGCUUUUGUGUACAGUUUUCAUAUGUAUCCUCUAUUAAAAGUAUUUUAAAUCACAUUUAAAUAUGAAUAUAUUCAUACUAACGUUUAUUUUUAAAAGCAUACCUCGAAGUUUAGCACAGAUUAUCUACACGCAAGAUUUUUGUUUAACUUUUAAAGUAUGUAAAAGUCUGAGUAAAUUAUAUUUACAGAUAUUUCUCAGAGAUAAUUAUUCUCUUCCACAUAUGAGGUAGCUAAUGAGCUCCAUUGAUAAACUCCUGAUUAUAAACAUAAAAUUAGAAUAACUUUGAGUUGAUAAAGAAUUUUACUUUUAAUAUUAAUUUGAUAAUACUAAAUUAAGGUAUUUGUAGUCAUAUUAUAGUUACAUUUUAAAAAUUAUUUCUGUAAAAGUGCUUCAAGAAUAACUUCAAUUUUUAUGUUAAUCUCUUAUAUAAUAUAAUAAAAUAUUA